AUGCCACCCUGGGACCCAACCAAAAACAAAACCUAUCAGAUCUUAAAGGCUGCCGAGGAGGGCGGCUACGGGGUGCAGGCGCCCAUUGCCUACAAUCUCGAGCACGUCCUGGCCUUCAUCGCCGCCGCCGAGGCCAAGCGCUCACCGCUGAUAAUCCAGGUCUUCCCCUGGGCCGUGACCUUUUCUGGCGGCCUGCUGAUCCACGCGGCGGCGCACGCGGCCAAGACGGCAACCGUCCCCGUCGCCAUCCACCUCGACCAUGCGCAGGACGAGGCCAUGAUCCGCCACUGCGCCGACAACCUCCCGUUCGACAGCAUCAUGGUCGACAUGAGCCACCACGACAUGGACGAGAACCUGGCAAGAACCAAGGUGUUGGUGCAGUACUGCCACGACAGGGGCAUCGCCACCGAGGCCGAGCCGGGGAGGAUUGAGGGUGGAGAGGAUGGCAUUGCCGACACGGCGGACCUGGAGGGUGCCUUGACGACUGCAGAGCAGGUGGAGGAUUUUAUAGCAACUGGGAUAGAUUUUUUGGCGCCGGCGUUUGGAAACGUCCACGGGGAGUAUGGGAAGAGGGGGCCGGUGUUGGAGUUUGACCGCCUCGAAAGCAUCCGCAAGACGGCAGCGGGACGAGUGCGCAUCGUGCUGCACGGCACCAACAGCUUUCCGGAGGAGAUAAUGAAAAAGUGCAUCGCUGGUGGGGUGACCAAGGUCAACGUCAACAAGCUGGUGUUGGACGACUAUCUCGUACACUUGAGGGAAAAUGCAGCCAAGCUCAGCUUGACGACGCUGAUGGAGGAGGGUGUAAUAAAAGCCAGGGGGUUGAUGGAAUGGCAGAUGGACGUUGUUGGGUCAACAGGAAAGGCCGCCUAG